AUGCCAAACUGGAAGUCUUACGAAUCAUCGGUCCGACUCCUGUCAGCCAUCAUCGCUGCCAAUCCUAAUCUUAAGCUUAACUACGACGAAGUUGGCAAAUACUACGGCGGCGGCACAACCUACAAAGCUGUCUGGGGCCGGAUGACUCAGAUCAACAAGCAUGCCAAACUUCUUGCUACUGCGGUCGAGAAUGGCCAAGAUCCGAUCGAGAUCGAGCUUAAUGAUAAAGCUCAAAACGGCAAACCCAAAGCUCAAGACAUCUCUACUAGAUUUGGGGGUGACUGCACAAAAUCAGCCAUCGAAAAUAGGUUUCGCCGGAUCAAGUCAGAUGCGAAGCUUAUCAACAAUGCAGUUGCUAAAGGCAUUGACCCGAUUACUUUGAACAUCGGCGAUGCAAGUGGCGAAGUCGCUAUCGGCAGUAAUACCGGCGGGGCUCGUCGUGAUAUCGCUAAGCACUUUGGCAGCGACACAACUGCUGGUGGUCUCAGCAAGCACAUGAGUCGCCACGUCAAUCCUAAUAUCAAACUUCUACGGGACUACGUCAAAGCUGGCGGUGAUGCAAAAGAUAUGAACAUCGGUGGAGAAUCCACAGUCAAGAAAGAGAUCGCGGCCUGUUUCGGCUCAGAUGCUACUCCAGGUGGCAUCAGGUUCCAAUUGCAAACCAGUCUCAAGCCAAACGUCAAGCUUAUCAAGGAUGCUCGGGCGGCAGGACAGGACUGUAAAACCCUUGGUAUUGGCGAAAGCGACAAACCCGAAAGUAGAAAGGCUAUGAGCAAAUACUUCGGGAGCGAUAGUACAAAAGGAGGGAUCGAGUUCCAGUUCCGUACUAUUAAGGCUGAUGCUAAGCGCCAGCGCGAAUGCUAUGAUGCCGGUGGUGAUCCUAAGACUCUGAAUAUUGGAAGCGGCAAGGAGAUCUCCCGUUACCUGAACGAUGGAACCACUACCUCUGCGCUAGAUCAUCGUUUUCGCCCAAUUAAGAAGGAUGCUAUAGCAAUGCGGGCUGGUGCCGCUAUUGCCAACCAGUAUGGCGAGGGCGUUAGUGGUAAGGCUGUGUCGACAUACUUUGAGCGCGCGCGCAAAGACCCGCAUUGGAACCUUUCUAACACUGUAACAGAGAACGGUGGCACCCCCGCUAAGAGUCGCACACCUCGGGGCCCUGCCAAGAAGCGAGUCGUGAAGAAUGAAGAUGACGAUGACGAUGAGGAGGAGGAGGCAACCCCAUCGAAGAAGCCGAAGGCCCCAUUACACAAAGUCAAGAAUGGUCGGGUCGCUAAACAGAAUGGUCGUGCUCGUGUUCCGGCCCCGUACGUCGAUGAAGAGGAUGAUGACGAUAACAUGAUCAAGCCCGAGACUGCUUCCGUCGACACCAAUACGUAUGACGCUGAAUUGAACGCCAACGAGCACUUUUACCCCGCGGGAGAGGACUUCGAUGAUGGUCACUAUGAGGGUUAG